AGCAUAGUUAUGCCUCAUGUGCGACCUAUUUCCGCACUUCAAACGACUCUAUCUUGAUUGAAUGAAACCUUAUUAGAUUAUCAUCAGCGCUCAGCCUUUUGUGGGGUGAUUCGAAGAAUGCUGCACGUUCGGUUACAUUUGCCAUAACCUUGUCCUCACAAUACAUACAUAAGUAACGGGAUAUGGAAGGAUAUGCGGUGGCCAUGGGACCGGAUAAAAGUGAGUCCGGGAGAGGUUUCGACACGUUACUCCAUCUCUCCCCAUCGUUAUCCCACAACUUCAACUAUCAAGAAAUAUCUUUGAAAUGAGCAUGACCCGAAUAAAACGUCAUCGCCAGUAUUACCUGCAUGACGGCAGCGUAUCAUUCCAUAUCGCCGGCACCCUCUUUCGUGUACACAAAUAUUUUUUUCAAAGAGAGUCGGAAUACUUUCGGGAGGCAUUCGAAGCAGCUAUGCCCCAGGGAGAUGGUCACUCCGACCAGGCAGCGUUCAGACUCGAUGACGUCAAGGUCAGUGAGUUUGAGCGACUGCUGUGGGUAUUCUACAACCCGCAAUAUAUGUACGAUGAGCAGCCCAAGGACCACUGGAUCACUAUCCUUGACCUGGCUACACGAUGGAAAUUUCCACGCGUGCGAGACCUGGCAGUCCGUCAGCUGCAAAAGCUCGACAUCAAACCUGUCGAGCGAAUCGUCACAUAUGAUAAGUACAACCUCGACAAAUCUCUCCUCUUACCCGCCUACAUUCUUCUGUGUAAACAAUCGAACCGCUCUAUCGAGGACGGCGAGCAGCUCGGCAUGCCUACCGUCCUCAUGAUAAGCGAGGCUCGUGAGUGUGCACAGAGGUUUGCAGCCGAGCAAGGAUGUUCUAGCCCCACAAGCGCUGAUGCUGAAGAUGAAGAACUUGCCGAGAUUUUGAAAGGCGUAUUGGGUCUGAGCUCAGACUCACAGGCUAAUGGAACGGAUGUUGGGUGGGUAUAGGAUGAGGAGUUAUGAGGGGGACAUUAAAUAAUCAUCCAUACCCACGAGGAGGUUCUGCAACGCUAAGCACUCCGAGACUGAGUAGGUUAGUUGUCACGAGCCUAGUCGAUGUGUAUGUUUGGCAAAUUAUCGAUCAACGAUGUAUUGUAUCAGCUGUCUGGCAUGAAAGCAUAUAACAUGCACGUGUGGACUAUAAUAAGAACAGCGCCCAC